AUGACAGGAAGAGGGAGAGCGCGUGCUAGAGGGAGAGCAAGAAAAGCAGAAGAUGAUGAAAUUUGGAGGCCAGGUGAACAGAGCACACAGGCCCAACAGCCCCGAGUACAGGAUGAAGGUGCCCAAGCUGGUCCUGAGCGUUCCUUGAGAGGUGCCCAAGCUGGACCUAAUCAGGUUCUCAGAGGUGCCCAAGCUGGACCUAAUCAGGUUCUCAGAGGUGCCCAAGCUGGACCUAAUCAGGUUCUCAGAGGUGCCCAAGCCCAGCUAGAAGAUGCGAGAAGAGGAAUUGGAAAUCUGCAGAUUCAGAGAUCAGUUGGUCACUCAGGACAGCCUGUUGAGCUGAUGGCUAAUUAUUUCCGCCUUACGGAGAGUAAGAACUGGAUCUAUUACCAGUACCACAUAGACUUCAGCCCACCUCUGGACUCCACAAGAAUGAAGAAGAAGGUGUUUCAUCAACUUCCACAGUUUAGGAAGAAAACCACUAUCUUUGAUGGAGGAAUACUUUACCUGCCUCAAAGAAUGCCAGAUAAGGUCACAGAGGUCACUGUGGGGUCACCAGUCGAUAACUCACCAAUCAGAGUGACCAUCAGAGAGACCAGAGAGAUGUCCGGUGCUGACCCAGAGACCGAGAAGUUGUACUGUGUCCUGCUAGGAAGAAUUUUGGAAAAUCUACUGGGGAUGACAUUCAUUGGUAGAAAUUACUAUGACAUGAGUCCAGAAGUUGUAAAGAAAUACCCUGAUCACCGUUUAUCCAUUUAUCCUGGCUAUGUAACAAGCAUUGCUAAUUACGAGAGUGGAAUGCUCCUUUGUGCCGACAUAAGCCACAAAAUUCUACGAGACGACACAAUGUGGACUCUCUUCCAGGAAGUCUAUGGCUUAGCUAGGGAUGAAGAAGAUCAUAAGAUGCAGAUUAGAGCUAGAUAUGUGGGAUGUACUGUCAUAACGAGGUACAACAACAGAACUUAUAAAAUCGCUGAUGUUGACUUUUCCAAGCAUCCCACCGAUUCAUUUCCCAGGGCUGACGGAACAAGCAUGACCUACAUUGACUAUUACAAACAGCAAUACAACAUAAAUCUUACUGAUGUAGCGGUACAGCCAUUGAUUCUACAUCGCGUUCCGAGGCGAGAGAGACGACCGGGCCGCCCUGAGUUUGUAUACCUGAUUCCUCAGCUGUGUCAUCUCACUGGGCUAACAGCUCAACAACGCUCAGAUUUUCGUGUCAUGAGGGACAUCGCUGAAACAACUCGCGUGGAAGCAUAUAAUAGAGCAGCCAGUCUUCAGCAGUUUGUCAACAGAAUUAACAGUAACCCUCACUUCCAGAGAGAGAUGGAGGGCUUGUCAUUCUCUACUGACAUGUUGACUGUCAAAGGAAGGAUCCUCGCCAGAGAGAGUGUAAAAGUCAGAGAUUCCCGCAAAAUGGAAGUAGAUUUAAAGUUCAAAAUGGAGGAUGCUGCAUGGGGAAGAGAGAUGCACAACAUGCAUCUGUCACUUCCUGUCAAGCUGUCGAGCUGGGUGCUUCUCUGUCCCAGCUAUUGUUCUAAUGUUACAGGCAACUUUAUCAGUCAGCUACAGAAUGUAGCUCAUAAAAUGGGGAUACAGAUAGAUUAUCCUAUGUUACCUCAGAUGACGAAUGAUAACAUUGGCACUUAUGACAAGAUGCUAAAGCAGACGGUCAAUCCCAGUACCCAGUUAGUGAUGUGUAUCCUCCCCAACUAUCAGAAGUCACGCUACGACCAUAUAAAGUCAGUCUGCUGUGUCACUCACCCAGUUCCCAGUCAGUGUGUGGUAAAGAAAACGAUCAGUAAUCAUAAAACCCUGAUGUCAGUAGCUACCAAAAUAGCCAUCCAGAUCAACUGUAAACUAGGGGGGUUCCCCUGGGAAGUCGCCAACCCUCUGUCUAGACAUGCAGUGAUGCUGGUAGGGAUAGACACCUAUCAUGACAGUAAGACUAGAAACCUGUCCUAUGCUGGUGUGGUGUGCUCCAUCAACCCUGGCUUCAACUGCUACUAUUCCAAGACUCUGGCACAACACCCAGGGGAAGAACUGCUGAAUGGAAUCACCGUCUGCAUCUUUGCUGCAAUGAAGAAGUACCAUGAGAGAAAUGGCUACUUCCCUAGGCGGGUGAUUGUUUAUCGUGAUGGUGUGGGUGACGGACAGAUCCAGGCUGUUCUUGAACAUGAGAAGCCCCAGUUCCUGGCAGCCUUUGACAGACUGAAUUUGGUGCAGCCCGAUGAUAGGCCUAAGCUAUCCAUCAUUGUUGUGAAAAAAAGGAUAAACACUCGAUUUUUCAUGAGAGGAACCAAAAAGAACCCAAAUCCUGGAACAGUUGUGGAUACAAACGUCACCAAACCAAGACCAAAUGUCUUGUACGACUUCUUUUGUGUGUCACAGUCGGUAAGACAGGGAACAGUGACUCCAACACAUUACAAUGUGGUAGAGGAUGAAAACGGUGAAUUCCUCACACCAGACCGCAUGCAGCAAUUGGCGUACAAAUUGACACAUUUGUAUUACAACUGGCCGGGAACCAUUCGGGUUCCAGCGCCUUGUCAGUACGCCCAUAAAUUGGCCUACCUGACCGGUCAGUCCCUCCACAGGGACCCGUCCGAGCUGUUGGCUGACCGUCUCUUUUUCCUGUGAAACUUGACGGAGUACCAGUGCUAUGAAUUGUUUUAAUUAACAACAAUAGUAUCCUGGCUAUGGAUACAGGUGAAGUACCAGUGCUAUGAAUUGUUUUAACAAACAGUAAUACUAUCCUGUGUAUGGAUACAGAGACUUGUAUAUAGACAUUGUUUACACUAGAGGUCAUGAAGUACAGACCUUAAAAAUGACUUACUAUAUGUUAAAGUUAGAAUUAAUAUAUUUAUGUAUUAGUUUUGUGUGUAUCAUGUACAGGUAUUCAGUGAAUUGUUGUAUUUUAGUACAUAUCAAGUUGUAUUGUCAUUGGAGAUUAUUUGGAGUGUAUUAUUUAGUUUACAAUAAAAGUGGUGAUGGAUUUAAUAUACCUGUUAUCUUCCUAAUGGAGAAACAUUUGUACUUCACAUAAAAUUACUUCAGAUCAGGGAAUAUAUUUUCUCAAAGAAAGCUAUUUUGGCAAGUUCAAAAGCAACUUAGGUAUAAAUGUGUAUAUGGUCAGUAGCUAAAACAUUAUUAUCUCCUAAUCACAGGGCUGUAAAGUUUGUCAUAUUAUAUUGGUAAAAUGGUUAAAUCUGUAACAAGAAAAAAAA